CCAUUAUCAAUCCGCCACACUCUGAUUCCACGCCACCAUUUAUAAGCUCAUAUCAUUUUUGAUUCCGUCGUCUAUCCCCGUGGGACGACUACUGACCAAGCCCGGAAAAUUUGGAGCUUUCCGAUGGGAUCCACGGCAACAACACAUCUCUAACCGCUUAUCAACCAUGAGACCCUCUAUGAUUCUAGCAACUACUAUCAUUGCAGCGACUACCUCGGUGAUCGCAGCGAGGCAGUUGCACCUCGGUGUCGAUUCACCGAGCCUCUCUGUCGAUUCGCCGAUGAUCCCUUCAUCAGACCCUUCUUUCCCUCAACCAGGAUCAUUAGGGACGGAUGCCGGACCGAGUCGAGAAGUUGGCAAAGAUGGGAAGUGGAGCCAUACGCUUGCUGAUGCGUUGACUAUGGGAAGGAAAGCUGGCGUAUGGUGGGAGUAUGCAAGAGAUGUCAGCGGAGUGGCCACGAGAUUGCAGUCAAAGGGAACGGAGCGAACAACUGUCUUCGUCCCAGUCGACAGUGCUAUGAAACGUCUGACCCGCAAGCCGCACCAAAACGCAGACGGCAGUACCGAUGAAGACUCUAUUCAGAAGAACGUCGACCGCUUCAUCUCUGCACACGUCAUUCCUGAGCUGGUCAACCUCCCUACCAAGAGCAAAGUCGAAACAUUACUACCUGGGUUGAGCAUUCAAGUGGUGAAGAAAAACGACGGUUGGAUCGUUCAACCAGGGGAUAUACCAGUCCUAGAAUUCAAUGACGUCUCAAACGGGCGUAUCGUAUACAUGGAUGGUGUCAUCAGCGUUGAUUGAGGGUCGUUGUAUUAUACUUGUUGCUUGUGUAUGUAUUGCUACA